UUACUUCACUGACGUCUCCUCAGGGUGGCGAGGCGAGGUCACAAGUUCCCAAACACAGCCCCACAGCAAUCACACACUCCCCCCACAGGGAGGGCGGAGAAAGACACGGAACGCACUCAAACUGCACUCUAGUCAGGUCAAAGUUACUGAAAACUGCUGCCGCUGCUGAGCUCUGACAGGUGGAAUGACCAACUAUCCUUCACACUCCAAUGGUAUGCAGAGUCUCCGGAAAGAGCACCUGUAUAAGGUGCUGGUCAUCGGAGACCUGGGGGUCGGGAAGACUUCCAUCAUCAGGCGUUACGUCCACCACACCUACUCGACUAAUUACCGGGCUACGAUCGGAGUUGACUUCGCCCUUAAAGUGUUAAACUGGGAUUCAGAGACGGUGCGGCUCCAGCUGUGGGACAUUGCAGGUCAGGAGCGUUUUGGGAACAUGACACGAGUGUACUACCGUGAAGCCAUGGGGGCCUUCAUAGUGUUCGACGUGACACGGCCAACAACCUUUGAGGCUGUCGUUAAGUGGAAAGAAGAUCUGGAUUCUAAAUUAAUGCUGGCUAAUGGAAAGAGCAUCGCCACCGUUCUGCUGGCCAACAAGUGUGACCAGGGCAGGGAGCUGACCAACAAUGGCAUCAAAAUGGACCAGUUUUGCAAGGACCACGGCUUUGUCGGUUGGUUUGAGACUUCUGCCAAGGACAAUCUCAACAUCAGUGAAGCUGCAAACUUCCUAGUCAAACACAUCAUGGCCACAGAAAACGACAUCCUGAAAACUGUGGUACCCGACACCAUCUCGCCGCAGCUCAACUCCAACAGGCAGAUGAGCUGCUCUGGCUGCUUGAAAUAAUGAAAGGACAGAUCAGUGUGAGAACUGAAAAAGAAUGGAUGCACAGCAGGACUAAGAGGCAAAGCCAUCUGAAUCUUACAAGGAAAGGGGAGCAGUGGUGGUGUGUACUAUGAAACGGUUGGAACAGUUUGGUUCAGCUCUUUGGUCCAAACUAGAGUUGAACAUUUUAGUUUGUUGCGCUUUUGAGGAGCAAACCCAAGCUUGCAGACUGAAGUCACUUGAAGUUGCUCAUUUAUUUAACAGUUUUUGUUGUAACGUGCCAUGCUGCGAGUGAGAAGUUUUUGCCGGAAUAAUGAAAUAACACUGCUGUCUGUGCUUUUCGUCACGAUGUGGUGUGUUGAGCCAGAGAGCAUAGACACAAAUCUCUGGUCAUCUCUGCCUAUUUUUUUUUUUAACCUGAUUCAAUUUUUACUCUUACAACAACAGCUCGCUUUGAAAAAAGACUGGCAACAUCUUCACCUCAUGAAUGGUGUGAAAGUUCUCCCAAUACCCUUGAUGCAACACACCCAAAGGACUCAAUGCAAAUACACAUCUUUAAUUUUAUUCUGCACUAGCCAAAGAAAAACAGUACUGACCUCUUUCAGAGGAUCCCAUAUAUUUUUUUUGUUGCUAUUUUUUAAUUAUGUGAAUUUUGCACUUUUUUUUUUUUAAUCAAAUAGGUUGUUUAUAUAAUUAACUUUGAGUAUUUAACACUGGGUAAUGUACCAAGAUAAACUGCUUCAAAUCUGUCACACAACUAACAAACUUUAAUUUGUUGGUUAUAUCUGUAGUAACAGUUUGGUUGUGGCAAGAAGCUGCAAAGAAGUGGAGUGAAAUAUUUUAGGCACACAAACAUCCUGGAGCCUGCUUGCUGUUAGCAGACUUUUAUGGCCAUGGAACAGACGUGCUGGAGCAAUUCAAGUUUUAUGUGGUCAAAGAUUUCCCAGACAUAUGUCUUUGUCAAUAGUAGGGGAGUGGUUGUCAUACUGCUAAACACUGGGUUUUAGGCUACAACAUCUAAAUGGUAAAUGGACUGCUUUGUUAUUGAUCUCUCAUAGUGCCUUACACUACAAGCCACACUCACAGAGCGUCUUACUCACAAGGACAGUUCGGUUAAUUUCAGCUGGAGCCGUGGACCAAAUCAUCAGUUUCCGAUUAGCAAAACUUCACAGUGUUAGUUUGGCCCACGCUACCUCCUGAGUCACACUUUUAUCAGAAGUGAUUAUUAAGUGUCUGUGUAUGUAAUUUUUCUUCAUCAGAACCUAACCCCUUGUAUCCAUGGUAACUGGAGUCUUUUUGGAGUAUCCUCCAACAUCUUUGUGAAGCUAUUUCUCUCUGUUUGCAGGCACACAUCAACGCUCGUUCCCAUAUAGACAGAUUUCUGUAAUCUCUGCAUCCUUGUUCCUGUUCUCAUUUUUUUUAAUUGUUUCACUGUGUUUUUUACUCUUAGCUUAGCUAUUUGAAGUUUUUCUUUUGUAUGUUUUCUGCUUUUUUUCCCUCUGCUUUCUUCUAUUCUUUGAUUUACAUUUUAUACAUUAGGUACAUUAUGCAGAUACUGUAUUCAUCAUCUGCUACAUACCGUGGGAUUUAGUACUUAACCUGAUUGUCCAGCCAGUAGCCUUGCAUUGACCCUGCUCCUUUGUACUCCUUGCUAGUAUUAUCCUUUAAAUUCAUUCUUUUGUUCUUCUUCAGUGAAUUAAGACAGAAAAGAUUUGACCUGAUAUAAAUUUAAGUUAGCUCUCAUAUCCUGAUCUGGAUCAGCCCACUAAUCUGGAUUAAAUUAAUUGUUUGGUCUGUUGGGAUUUCUGCUAAUGUACUAUGGGAGGUUACUUCCAUAGCUCACCGAGGUUUAUAUGGCAGUGUCAUGUGGUAGUGUGAGUUUUUAUUGGUUAUUUACAGCAUGCACAAGGGUGGAUUUAAACAAUCUCCUCUCCACAGAAAAAUGUCACAUUUUUUAGCUCAUCAUGAGAGCGUCUGAAGUCAUGCAUCUGUCUUAUGAUAUCAGAAUGGCGGCGUUACACUUUACAGGCACAGGAAAAUAUGCUGUGAGAAAUCAUUGUAUGAUGUGUUUGAGAAGCAAAGAAAGACUUAACAUCACUUCUUCAGUUGUUAUGCUGUGUGAAGAUUGUACUUGUGUAUUUAUUUUAAAGCUGUGAAAUCAGUUAACACAUAUAAACCAUGUUAUCUGUUUUUCUAACACUUUCACAAGACUUCAUAAAACAAUGACUUUAUUCAUCCUCUUUAACCUGAAACAAACAUUUAUUUUCUGAUCACUCUGAGGACCACUGUAAGACAGUGAACAGAAAAUCAGUGUCUAACUUUUAUUAGUUUAAUAAAAAUUAGACAUUGAGUUUGUGUGUGUGUGUGUGUAUGUGUGUGUGUGUGAGGCUGAUUCAGAACUUGAUUCAGGCUGAUUCUCAUAAGGAAGCCACAUGAUUGUUGAUUAAUCUCUGCCCUAGGGUUUAGCAGAUUAGGUCAUCUGCUUGUGGCAUGUUAAGGCAUCCUUACCAAGAAAGCAUCAAAGCAUUUUAGAGCUCGGUCAUCUGAAAACCAUCAAGCUGUACAUUGAUGAAACAAAGGAUUUCCAGAAAAGUGAGAAAGGACAAAAUAAGAUAAAGAAAGUCACUGGGCUACCAUGCGCUUCCAGCCAGAAGAGGUUCAGUUGUCUUUUGUCUAUAAAUCUGCAAAGCAGCAAUCUAGGGAUGGAAAAGUAUUUUUCAAAAGGAUAAACACCUAUUUUAUUUUUUAUUUUAUUUUUUUUAUUUCUUUUUAUUUUUUAAUUUUUUAUUUAUUUAUUUUUUUUUGUUAUUUCAAUUUUUAUUUGGAACCAAGGAUGUACAUGUUAUAUCACACCACAACAGCUUUCACAUUAUUAUUUUUUUGGUAACACAUUUAACCCAAAACCAAUAAAGAAAGUAGGUAAAUAAGGUAAUAUUAACAUAACUUUGAGGAGGUUAGCAAGUAGGGAGCGGAAGUAUCUGCUAUAAAUGAUAAUACGUCGUUAUCAAGGAUCCCCAGAACUUAAAAACUUUUCCUCUUCCUGUCUUAAAAUAAAUGUCAGCUUUUCAAUCGCGUAAAUGUCGUGAACUACAUUAAUCUAGUCCUCAAGUGAAGGAGAGUCUUUCACCAACCAUUUUCUUGUCAGAGUCAAUUCAAUUUUGUACAGAUAUUUGUUUUCAAACUCAUCCAGUGUAUCUGCUCUCAAACCUAAAUAUAAGAUCUUGAAAGAAAAGGGGACUGUUAUCUUAAAUAGUCUUUCCAUAGCUAUCUUUAGCUGAGACCAGUGUUGCUGGAGUUGUGGGGAAGUUCAAAAACACAUGAAAAUGGUUUGUAUUUUGUCUCCAUGAAACCUCCAGCAACACAAUUCUUUAUUUAGGAAACUACUUUUUGCAGGUGUCCUGAAAAAUCUUAUGUUCUCUAAUUGAUGCUCUGAUGGUGAUGGUGAAGAGGAUUGUCUAACUCUGAAAGGCUGUAACAUCUAAAUCAUAAUUUUCAUAUUUAUACUAUUCAUUUGACCCUUCUUGUCCUGUCUUGCACUGUCAGGGGGCAGGAUAGAAACAAAGCAUGGCAUUUCUCUCAGUCAGGAUGGUUAAGAUCCCAAAUCAAACCAGAAAAAUAUCCCCAAAUAGCAGAACAGCCCUCGACUGUAAACAGGUCAGGGUUUGUUUUUUCCUUUAAUUUGUCACCAAUCUGUAAAUGAAUCACUGAAAAGCUGUUUGAGGAUAUUAGUCACAAAAUAUGGCAUUCAAAAAAAACAAACGGCAAUUUUUAUUUCAUUCUCUGUUUAUUCUUAAAGUUUAAACUCAUUGUGUGAUGAAAGAUGGGGCAGAUUUAACUCUUGAUUUCUGGAAUUUGGAGACACGAGCACAUUAAGGCAUGCUCUGUGUGGCUCUCGGGCUCUGCCAAAGAACCACCUACAGAAAAUGUCCAUAUAUUCUCUGUGAGACAGGAAGAGCGAGAGAAGCUGGUAGUAAGAGAAGAUCAAAGAGACACGGCGCUAAAAUGUUACAGCAACAAAAGGUUACCAAGGAGUCAGUGGAGGUAAACCAACAGACACGCUGAAUUUGUCAUCAUAACUGCUUUAAAAAACAUAAAACGUUUCACACUGAUUAAAACAGAUCGCUCUGUACUUUAUUAGCACACAAUCAGCUACCGUAAUUAAUCUCAUGUGACAAGUUUGAUAAUUCAGUUACAAGUAUGGAGAUCAUAAAAAUGACUUGGUCUGAUGAUCUGACAGUGCCUUUCUCCCUGUGGUCACUGCCAAGAAUUGUUCAUGUGGAGCCACCUCUUGUAAAGUUAGGCACAUUGCAGCUGCUUUUACUUCAAGACUCACACAUACCAGUUAGUCACUGAGAAGUGAAACAGCUCAUAUGAAUUACAUUUGUAUUUUUAUACAAAUCCUAAACUUUACUUGCUAUAAACCGGGGUCAUAUACAAAUAUGACUCAUUCAGUGCAUUUCCAAGCUGUCCAAUUUCUGCAGACAAAGAGAAAGAAAGAAAAAACAAGUGCAGCCACUCGAGAAUGACUGGAUUUUGAACUUAAUCACAUUUUGUGAAUAACAGCAGAUCUUUCCCAGGCUAAAGACCACCUGCUUUAAGGUGAUUUCCUCAUCUUUAAGCCCUUGGAACUUAUCGUUUGUCAGUUCCCAACCAAUCAAUUUGGCCAAAUUAACCUGCUUGACCUUUCGCGUCCAGUUUCAUACAUUCUUUCACCCUGAGUAAGCUGCGAGAAUGACUGAUAAUAUUGCGAUUAACAAACCUUGGUGUAGUGUUGAAGUCAUCCAGUGCACGUGGUGCUGUUUUUGCUCACUUAAAAGAAAACUAAGAGAUGAAAUAAAAACACUGCCAAUUAAAUCAGCCUCCUGACAGGGGGGGGCAAUGAUGAAAAGGGGGAAAACAAAGGGAAGAUCAGGAAGGAGAUUAAAAAGCACAGAGGUGAGACAAAGUGGUAGAGAGUGUCUAUGUUCUAAAGGGAGUAAUAUUAAGAAUGUAGCGUAGUAAUAAAUCAUUAAUAUGUCUGUCCAAUUUGAAAGAUGAGUCCUCUGAAGACCCGGUGAGCUAAGUUAUCUGUCAUACAUGCUAAGAAAUAUUACAUCUCAUUAACGUUACUGAUGUUUUUUGGGAUUAAAAGUGAAGGACAAAGAAACAUAUUUUACUGUUUGGGAAACUUUAUGCUUCUUUAUUCAGUUUAAUAUUGGGGUUUUUUGUUUUGUUUUUACAUAUGGUCUAAAAAUAAGAAAAAAGCGGGAAUGCAUUUGCAAAAGUUCAUAGAAAGAAACAGUACUUUUGGGACAUGACUUAAAAAACACACACAAUCAAUAGAAGAGCUCAAUGUAGUACAAACUACUCGUCUGUACUUAGUGGAAUGAUUGCAUAUACACACACACUGCCACUAGAGGGCAAUACGCACCUACGUUAUCACGCAUUUCUUGUGCAGUCUGCAGUCAGCUUGAAAGAGAAAGCAAAAGAUUGUUUUGUCAUUGUCCCUCAAAGCUUACAGUCAUCGAAAA